AUGGACCCGUCUGAGGUUGAAUUUCUAGCUGAGAAGGAAAUUGUGAAGAUAAUCCCGAAUUUUAGCCUCGACAAAAUUUACUUGAUCGGCGGUGAUUUAGGUCCCUUUAACCCGGGGCUACCUGUGGACGUUCCUGUUUGGUUGGCUCUUAAUCUGAAACAAAGGCAGAAAUGUAGGAUAGUGCCCCCGGAAUGGAUGGACGUAGAGAAACUGGAGGAAAUCCGAGAGCAGGAGAGAAGAGAGGAUGCUUUCACACCAAUACCAAACCCACAUUACAUGGAGUUGACUAAACUACUGCUAAACCAUGCCUCUGACAACAUCCCCAAGGCGGAUGAGAUCCGAACCCUCGUGAAGGACAUCUGGGACACGCGCAUUGCCAAACUGCGCCUGUCUGCGGACAGCUUUAUUAGCCAACAGGAGGCACACGCUAAGCUGGAUAACCUUACUCUGAUGGAGAUAAACACCACACGGACGUUCCUGCUGGACUCUCUGAACUACAUGUAUAAACUGCGCUCUAAUAUGCAGCCAGGCACUGGCCCUGGAAAGACACAGGAUUAUUAG